AUGCCUUUCAUUCAAACUCCCAAUACGGCUGGGCCUAUCCAUAGCUCCCAACGAUCUGGCGAGAGCUCUCGGUCUUCGUCCUUUGCCGAAGUUACCCCUUCGACCUCCUGCACUGGAUCUCCCGUCGAAGUAUUUGGAGAUGUCCCUCCGCAACAAGCACCGUGCAUUGUUGAGAGGAUAUCUGCCUCCAUUGGUAGUCUUGCUCGGGCAAGGAUUAUUGCAGUCAUGGCUCUGGACAUAUUUGUCUACAAAACACCCCUCAAUGCCCACCGCGACAGAUGGAUUUGUCCAUUCUCCAAUUGCAAGCUUGUCUUUCCGAACCCAGAAGAGAUGUUAUCUCAUGCAGCAACAUGUACCCAUGUGUCUCCCAACGGCGCUUACUGCAAUUGUUGUGGGCUUUAUUAUGACUUUCCUGGCCAAAGCCCAGCCUGUCCAGUCAGAGACAGUGGUAGUGCACCUGUGGUUGUGAAAGAUUCUGCCAUGAUGAAAGGCAAACGGAAGGUUGUUGACCUCUUCUCCCGCCGCUCCGGGUCUACAUCUUCCUCUCAGGAACAGCUGUCUGCCCCCAGCUCAUCCAAGGCAUGCUUACCUCUCGCAACGGAGUCUGGGCUGGAUUCCCUACUUGCUUCCCGAAAAGGAUCCGUAGCCUCGGAUAUGAGCACCACAGAUCUGCCGCCUGGCCAUCAACAUUUCCAAGGGGCUACAGAGCUCCCUGCUGGUUGUCAUGUCGUCGAGAUUGACACCUCUCGCACAAGUUCAAAUAGCUCUGGUUUCCUGUCUAGCAAAAACUGCAACGUGCCACAAUCCACUCAGUCCACAAUCUCCACAGUCUCUACAACAGGCUACUUCGAUCCCGCGCAUGCUGACUAUGGCGAUUUCUGUAUGUCACCUUCGACAUAUUCAUCCGUUGAUGCUUACACCAACAACCCACAAGAAUCCCGUAUUGGGAGUGUUUCACAUGCUACUGGCGAGCAUUUGUUCCAUACCAGCCAGCAAUCUCAAGAUGUGGGCCAAGACUCUUUUGGAAAUGUGAGUAUUGGACCGGUUGCAGCCGAAGGGUUCGAUUUUGGCCAAUUGUCCAUGCCGUCACAAGACGCACAGGGACUCAUGGUCUAUGUGCCCAACUUCUCACGUCCACGCUUACCCCCGUCAUCCGAUCAGAGUUAUGGGGCCCCUUCCUAUGGCAGUCACCACGUGAAUGCGCAGGAGGUUGUUCUACCUAUGGCUCAUUCACAAUAUCAUUAUGGAGAAGGCUUCGACACAGCCGAUUUCCCACAGACAGAAGAGAACUGUUCUGAUACCAGCAAGAUCUUCGCCAGGUUUCCCCAGCUUCAACCAGUCCGAUGA